AUGCCUACCAAGUCGCUAUAUCCGCCCAUCGACAUUCCCAAUGUCGACAUCUGGACCUUUCUCUUCGAGCGAAAAGACCGUGAAUUCCCUGACGACAAAGUGAUUUUCCAAGAUGCCGACACCAAGCGGUCGUACACCUACGCCCAGAUCAGAGAUACUGCCCUUGAGUUCGGCAAGGGUCUCAAGUCUACCUGGAACUGGAAGAAAGGCGAUGUCCUGGCUCUGUUCACGCCCAACUGUGUCGACACUCCCGCCAUCACCUGGGGCACCCUCUGGGCAGGCGGCGUGAUCUCGCCCGCCAACCCCACAUACACGGUAGACGAGUUGGCCUUUCAGCUGAAGAACUCCGGAGCCAAGGCCCUGGUCACCCAGGUCCCCAUGUUGCCAGUCGCUCGAGAAGCCGCACAGAAGGCCGGCAUCCCGGAGGAUCGAGUCAUUCUGAUGGGAGACGCACGCGACCCAGAGGCCCGAGCGAAGCAUUUCACCUCCAUUCGCAACAUCUCCGGUGCGUCGAGGUACCGAAAAACAAAAAUCGAUCCAAAGAAAGAUCUGGCGUUCUUGGUGUACUCCUCCGGGACGACAGGCCUGCCGAAGGGAGUGAUGCUCUCGCAUUGUAACAUCGUCUCGAAUGUGUGUCAGAAUCACAGAGCCGAUGGCCGAUAUUUUAGCUGGAAUGGCGGUGCGGAUGGCAAGGGAGAUCGAAUUCUAGCGUUUCUGCCUUUCUUCCACAUCUACGGACUGACAUGCCUCAUCCACAACACCAUGUACGGCGGAUACCACGCCAUUAUCAUGUCCAAAUUCGACAUUGAAAAGUUCUGCGCGAACGUUCAGAACUACCGGAUCACCUAUGCCUAUGUCGUUCCCCCGGUCGUUCUAUUGCUGAGCAAGCAUCCUGUGGUGGACAAGUAUGAUCUCUCGAGCCUGCGCAUGAUGAAUUCCGGCGCCGCACCACUCACCCGUGAGCUUGUCGAGGCGGCAUCGUCGCGCAUCAAGGUCGGCAUCAAGCAGGGCUACGGCCUCAGCGAGACCAGUCCAACGUCCCACGCGCAGUCGUGGGACGAAUGGGACAAGUACAUCGGUUCCGUAGGCAAAUUGAUGCCAAAUAUGGAAGCGAAGUACAUGACCACGCCCGAAGACGGCUCCGAGCCACGGGAAGUUGCCGUUGGAGAAGUUGGCGAGCUGUACCUGCGCGGACCCAACGUGUUCCUGGGCUAUCACAACAACCCGAGGGCGACGGCUGAGUGUCUCUCACCGGACGGGUGGUUCCGCACGGGCGAUGUCGGCUACCAGGACAAGGAGGGCAACUUCUACAUCACGGACCGGGUCAAGGAGCUCAUCAAGUACAAGGGCUUCCAGGUUCCGCCGGCCGAGUUGGAAGGGAUCCUCCUGGACCACGAAGCCGUCGACGACGUGGCCGUCAUCGGGGUCGAGAGCAAGGAGCAUGGCAGCGAGGUGCCGCGGGCGUACGUCGUGCGCAGCGCGAAGAGCAAAGCCUCGGGCGUGAGCGACGAGGAAGAAGCCGCCAACAUCGUCAACUGGCUGAACAGCAAGGUGGCACAGCACAAGCGGCUGCGCGGCGGAGUGCGGUUUAUCGACGCGAUCCCGAAGAGCGUCAGCGGUAAGAUUCUCCGUCGGGUUCUGAAGCAGAAGGCCAAGGAGGACGAGGCUGCGGCGGUUGCCCCGAAGGCGAAGUUAUAG